AUGUCCCAACUCCUCAAAGUGGCCGCAGCCCAAUGCCACACGCUCGACACUACAGCCAACACCCUCAAACAACUCGAACAAAAAGUCAAAGAAGCCGCCUCUCAAAACGUCGACCUCGUUCUCUUCCCCGAAGUCUACCUAGGAGGCUACCCCCGCUCAGCGACCUUCGGUGCCAGCGUUGGUGAACGAAGCGCUCAUGGGUACCAUCAAUUCCUGAAAUACUUCCAGGGAGCUGUGGAUCUUGGAGACACGCCGAUUGGAGCGGAAGAAGAUUGGGUAGAGCGAAGGAUACCGACUCGUGAAGGGGAAGUUCGUGGUGAUGGUACGAGGGAGGAGUUGGAGAGAAGUGCGAGUGAGACUGGCGUCUUCAUCGUCACUGGUGUCCUUGAGCGGUCCGGCGGGACCUUGUACUGCGCCGUGGUCUACAUCGAUCCAGUCAAAGGUGCCGCGGGAAAACGUCGCGAGGUCCUCCCGACCGGCAGCGAGAGACUCGUCUGGGGCCAAGGUCAUCCUCGAACACUCAAAGCCAUCACUACCACUAUCAAAGGUGUCAAGAUCUGUCUCGCGGCUGCAAUUUGCUGGGAGAACUACAUGCCACUUCUUCGCCAGGCGCUCUACCAGCAAAAUGUGAAUCUCUAUCUUGCACCGACUGCGGACGGACGUCCGACUUGGCUGCCUCUCAUGCAGACGAUAGGAUUUGAGGGACGGACGUUUGUCGUGAGUGCGAAUCAAGCUACGAAACGAGAGGGCAAGUUUAUCAGCGGUGGAGGAUCUUGUAUCAUCUCGCCGUUCGGCAAGGUAUUGGCUCGCCCCAUCUGGGACGCGGAUGGUGAGCUUCUCAUCCAGGAGCUUGAUUUUGAGGGCUGUGAGAAGGGGCAGCUUGACUUGGACGUGUCUGGGUCGUACUCUCGCAACGACUCAUUUCAUUUAUCUGUAGAUGGCCUGGAUCUGGUGCCGCCACCUUGA